ACUGGACAACAGUACAUCUAUAGUCAUUAUAGAUAAGAUACAGAGAUAGACUAUAAAAGAUCUAAAACUACAACUCUGGAUCUUAAAUAAAAGUCACUCUGUAAUUAUAUUCUUGUAUGAUAGAUCUAGAUCUAUAAGAUGCCCCUUAGAUUGGAUGUCAAGCGCAAGCUUUCAGCUCGCUCAGAUCGUGUGAAAAGUGUUGACCUCCAUCCAACAGAGCCAUGGAUGUUGGCAAGUCUCUACAGUGGACAUAUUAAUGUCUGGAAUUUUGAAACACAGCAAUUGAUUAAAUCCUUUGAAGUAUGUGACCUUCCAGUUCGUGCUGCUAAGUUUGUGGCCCGAAAAAACUGGGUUAUCUCUGGCUCUGAUGAUAUGAACAUCCGUGUGUUCAACUACAACACUUUAGAAAGAGUUCACCAGUUUGAGGCUCACUCAGACUAUCUUCGUUCUAUUGCUGUUCAUCCAACUCAGUCUUACAUACUAACUAGCAGUGAUGAUAUGCUAAUCAAACUUUGGGACUGGGAUAAGAAAUGGACAUGUACUCAAGUGUUUGAAGGACACACUCAUUAUGUCAUGCAGAUAGUCAUCAACCCAAAAGACAACAAUCAGUUUGCAAGUGCUUCAUUAGACAGAACCAUCAAGGUUUGGCAGCUUGGCUCACAGACGCCAAACUUUACACUUGAGGGACAUGAGAAGGGAGCUAACUGUGUGGACUACUACUCGGGGGGAGAUAAACCAUAUCUCAUUUCUGGUGCUGAUGAUAGGCAGGUUAAAAUUUGGGAUUAUCAGAACAAGACGUGUGUUCAGACACUAGAAGGACAUGCUCAGAAUGUGGCAGCAGUAGCUUUUCAUCCAACACUCCCUAUCAUAUUGACAGGAUCAGAAGAUGGCACUGUGAGGAUCUGGCAUGCCAACACAUAUAGGCUUGAGAGCACACUGAACUAUGGGCUGGAGAGAGUGUGGACUAUUGCUUGUCAGAAAGGUUCUAAUAAUGUGGCACUGGGCUACGAUGAAGGCAGCAUUAUCAUCAAGCUUGGUCGUGAAGAGCCUGCCAUGUCCAUGGACUCCUCUGGAAAGAUCAUCUGGGCCAAACAUUCAGAGAUUCAACAGGCUAAUAUCAAGGCAAUGGGUGACCAGGAGAUUAAGGAUGGUGAAAGGUUGUCCCUUGCAGUAAAAGACAUGGGAAGCUGUGAGAUCUACCCCCAGACCAUUUCUCACAACCCUAAUGGAAGGUUUGUUGUCGUGUGUGGUGAUGGAGAGUAUAUCAUCUACACUGCUAUGGCCUUGAGGAAUAAAUCCUUUGGCUCAGCUCAGGAGUUUGUCUGGAGCAACGACUCCUCUGUCUAUGCUGUCAGAGAGGGUAGCACAUCUGUGAAAAUUUUCAAAAACUUUAAGGAGCAGAAGUCAUUUAAGCCUGACUUUGGAGCAGAAGGUAUACACGGAGGCCACAUGCUUGGUGUAAGGUCAGUAAGCGGCCUUGCAUUCUACGACUGGGAGACAACAGAACUUGUUAGGCGGAUUGAGAUUACACCCAAGCAUAUUUUCUGGAGUGAAAAUGGACACCAGGUCUGCAUUGCUACUGAGGAGUCAUUCUUCAUCCUCAAGUUUGUUCCUGAGGCCCUGGAGAUUGCUAAGGAGUCCAAAGACAAAGUGACUGAGGAUGGAAUAGAAGAUGCUUUUGAGGUGUUGACAGAGAUAGAAGAGUCUGUACGCACAGGCUUAUGGGUUGGAGACUGUUUUAUUUAUACCAACAGUGUCAACAGACUCAACUACUAUGUUGGUGGAGAGAUUGUCACAAUUGCACACUUGGACAGAGUAAUGUAUCUGUUGGGUUACAUUCCAAAAGACAACCGUCUCUAUCUUGGCGACAAGGAGCUGAGUAUUGUCAGUUAUUCUCUCCUGGUUUCAGUUCUGGAGUAUCAGACUGCAGUAAUGAGGCGAGACUUUGACACAGCGGACAAAGUGCUUCCCACUGUGCCUCGCGAGCAGCGAACAAGAGUUGCCCACUUCCUGGAAAAACAGGGAUUCAAAUCUCAAGCCAUGGCAGUGACCUGUGACCCUGAGCAUAAAUUUGAACUGGCCAUCCAGUUGGGAGAUCUGAGGACAGCCUAUGAGCUGGCUAAAGAGACUCAGUCCGAUCAAAAGUGGAAGCAACUGGCUGAGUUGGCCAUCAAGAGAUGUGAGUUUGGUUUGGCUCAAGAGUGUUUACACCAGGCUCAUGACUAUGGUGGUCUACUUCUGCUUGCUAGCUCAGCUGGCAAUAGAGAAAUGGUCAGCAAGCUGGGAGAGGCCGCUGAGAAAUCUGGUCAGAAUAAUGUUGCAUUCUUAUCAAACUUUGUUCUGGGAAAAUGUGAAGAAUGUCUGGAAAUUUUAAUCAACACUGGCAGAUUGCCUGAGGCUGCAUUCUUUGCCAGGACUUAUCUCCCUUCUCAAAUCUCAAGAGUGGUUUCUCUUUGGAAGAAAUCAGUAGCCAAUGUCAACAAAAAAUCAGCUGAUCUGCUGGCAGACCCAACAGAAUAUGAAAACCUGUUUCCAGGGUUGCGAGAUGCUUUCAAGACCGAACAAUUUCUGAAGCCUCGUAGAGAAAAAGUAUUACCAGCAGCUGCCUACACAAAAAUUCCAAGUAAUGCUGAAUACAACCCAGUGGAAGAAAUGCAACGAGCAGAAGAGAGCGGCCAUUUUGUUUAUGCUGCCCCAGUGCCAGACGAUGCUGAUGAUGAUGAUGAUAAUUUUGAAGAGGCUGUAGAAAGUGAAACAAAGUCGCCUGCCAAACCCGAGGAACCCAAAACUCCUACACAGAUAACUCCUCCUGCUGUACCUCCAGCCUCAAAACCUUCCCCUGCUCCUACACCUGCCAUCCCCACCCCUGCUGCGGAAACACCAAAACCAAGUGCACCCCCUGCUACAGACAGCAGCAAAGACGCAGAGGGAGAUCUAGAGAAGGAGCUAGAGCUAGAUUUGGAAAAUGUUAACAUUGAGGAUUUAGAUGAGGGAGAUAUGAACUUGGAUGAGGAUGACUUGUUACAAGAUUAGGUUCUAAUUUCAUAACUUUGUUUAUAUAUAUUUUGUUGGCAUUUUUUUCUUUUCACUGUCAUAGAUCAGCCAUUGAAACAUUUUAUUGUAGGUGAUAGCAUCUUGAGCUGUACCCUUUGCAUGAGGACCUAACAAAUGUUAAGAGUAUUUAUAAUUGAUCAUUGGUUCUGAAUGUUUUCAUUCAUUAAGUGAACAUUGUCUGGACAAGAUGUGAUACAAUUUUUAACAAGUGGUUAUUUGUUUGUUUUUGUUUUUAAUGAUCAUGUCUAGAUGCCUUCAAGUACUCCUUAGCCUACUUUAUAUUUAUAGUUUGGGGUCGGAGAAGUGAUGUUAGGAAUCAUUCCUAGGGGAAAAUUCCCUUUUGUAUUUCUAAUAGAUAUUCUUCAUAAUAUCUGUAUCAUUAACGAAGAAACGUAGAUGUUUAUGUUUAAGUGUUAAGGCUUUGGUGGUUCCUCCAUUGGAUACCCAGUAGAUUGACUGUUCAAAGAGAAUAUUUAUUCACACACACACACACACACACGCGGUGUCAUUAGCAAUGUGAUGAAUUGUUCAUUUCUCCAGUGACAGUUUCCACACAAAUGGAAUAGGUUCAGAUUGAUCCAAAUUGUUUUCACACUGUUACUUAGUCAUAGGUUUUUAAAAGGAAAGGGUAGGUAACUGCUUUGACAAUUUAUUUUCAUUUUCUACUUGUAAUUACAUUGUAUUAAAAAAGAGUUGGAGCAUUCUUGUGAAGCAUUGACUUGACUACACAAUCAUUUGGACACGAUUAUGGGAUAAUGUACAUUAAACAUUCUGUAUCAAGCCA